AUGGCGGACAAAUUAUCAAAAAUAAAUUUAAAUUUAAAAGAAGAUAAAGAUGAAGUAAAUAAAAAAAACAAAGAUCUUUUGGAAAAAAAUGAACAAUUACAAUCUCAACUUAAAAAUUGUUAUAAAUUGAUUCAAGAAAAAAACAAAAAAAUUUGUUCAUUUGAAAUGCAAGCUAAAAAGUUGGAAAAAGAAAAAAAUGAUUUAUCAAUAAAAAAUGUGGAAUUGAAAACUCAAUUAGUUGAAGUUUAUAAAAAAAUUGGAGAAAAAAUUGUAAGAUUUUUAAAGCUGGAUAAACUAGGGCUGAACGUAAUGAAAAAGAUUUUGCUCGGCCGCAGUCCGCAAUUUUAA